UGUUCGAGAAGAUCCGGAUAGCGCCUCCCGGCCAUGCUCUGAACCGACUCUCGGCUUUCAGCACGCCGGGUCCCCACAUCUUCCUCUGCUGGGGCAGCUAUGGCAGCCGUGAAGACCCUGAACCCCAAGGCCGAGGUGGCCCGAGCCCAGGCGGCGUUGGCGGUCAACAUCAGCGCGGCCCGGGGGCUGCAGGACGUGCUGAGGACCAACUUGGGGCCUAAGGGCACCAUGAAGAUGCUUGUUUCUGGUGCUGGAGACAUCAAGCUUACUAAAGAUGGAAAUGUACUGCUUCACGAAAUGCAAAUUCAGCACCCAACAGCCUCCUUAAUAGCCAAAGUAGCAACAGCCCAGGAUGACAUAACUGGUGAUGGUACCACUUCCAAUGUCCUAAUCAUUGGAGAGCUCCUGAAACAGGCGGAUCUCUACAUUUCUGAAGGUCUUCAUCCCAGAAUAAUCACAGAAGGAUUUGAAGCUGCAAAGGAGAAGGCACUUCAGUUUUUGGAACAAGUCAAAGUAAGCAAAGAGAUGGACAGGGAAACACUUAUAGACGUGGCCAGAACGUCUCUACGCACUAAAGUUCAUGCUGAACUUGCUGAUGUCUUAACAGAGGCUGUAGUGGACUCCAUUUUGACCAUUAAAAAACAAGAUGAACCUAUUGACCUCUUCAUGAUUGAGAUCAUGGAGAUGAAACAUAAAUCUGAAACUGACACAAGCUUAAUCAGAGGUCUUGUUUUGGACCAUGGGGCACGGCAUCCUGAUAUGAAAAAGAGAGUAGAAGAUGCAUACAUCCUCACAUGCAACGUGUCAUUGGAAUAUGAAAAGACAGAAGUGAAUUCUGGCUUUUUUUACAAGAGUGCAGAAGAGAGAGAGAAACUAGUAAAAGCUGAAAGAAAAUUCAUUGAAGACAGAGUUAAAAAAAUAAUAGAACUGAAAAAGAAAGUCUGUGGUGAUUCAGAUAAAGGAUUUGUUGUUAUUAAUCAAAAGGGAAUUGAUCCCUUUUCCUUAGAUGCUCUUGCAAAAGAAGGCAUAGUAGCUCUGCGCAGAGCUAAAAGGAGAAAUAUGGAAAGGCUGACUCUUGCUUGUGGUGGAGUAGCCCUAAAUUCUCUUGAUGGCCUAAGUCCUGAUUGUUUGGGAUAUGCAGGACUUGUCUAUGAGUAUACACUGGGAGAAGAGAAGUUCACCUUUAUCGAGAAAUGUAACAAUCCUCGCUCUGUCACAUUAUUGAUCAAAGGACCAAAUAAGCACACACUCACUCAAAUCAAAGAUGCAAUAAGAGAUGGCUUGAGGGCUGUUAAAAAUGCUAUUGAUGAUGGCUGUGUAGUUCCAGGUGCUGGUGCAGUGGAAGUGGCAAUGGCAGAAGCCCUGAUUAAAUACAAGCCCAGUGUAAAGGGCAGGGCCCAGCUUGGAGUUCAAGCAUUUGCUGAUGCAUUGCUCAUUAUUCCUAAGGUUCUUGCUCAGAACUCUGGUUUUGACCUUCAGGAGACACUAGUUAAAGUUCAAGCAGAGCAUUCAGAAUCAGGUCAACUUGUGGGUGUGGAUUUGAACACAGGUGAGCCACUGGUGGCAGCAGAAGUAGGCAUAUGGGAUAACUAUUGUGUAAAGAAACAGCUUCUUCACUCCUGCACUGUGAUUGCCACCAACAUUCUCCUGGUUGAUGAGAUCAUGAGAGCUGGAAUGUCUUCUCUAAAAGGUUGAAUUGAAGCUUCCUUUGUAUCAUCUGAAUCAUGAAGACUGCAGAGUGAUCUUAAGAAUACAGCUAUGGAAUUUUUGUCCAAACUUAAAAUGAUUUUCAAAGGAGUUUUCUUUUCCCAUAUGAAAAAGGAAGAGAACACUGGCACCUAUUCAAACUCUGAAGUUCUUAAAUUAUAAUUACAGUAUUUUUUAAAUUGCCCUGCAUUGUACACACAAUGCAGCAUGCCAUGUUUAUUCAAUGAACAGGAUGUGUUGCUUUAGCCUCAGUGAUAGAAAAUUUCAUGUUAGAUAAGCAUAUGUUAUCUACCUUGUUAUUAAAUAUUCCUUGAAAAAAAAUUUUAAUGGUUGAAUAAUUUCUUCUGAUGGGUGUAUUUUAUCUCCAAUAGCUCCCUAUUGUUAAGCAUUUAAGUGUUAAAUAUUUAAGCUAAUAUAAUUUUAUGCUAAUUCACUUAAGUAAUUUAAGAUCUUGAAAGCCUCCCUUUUUCCUUAGUAUAAAUUUCUAUGAGUAAAAUUAUUUGAUCAAUUUUACUUUCCAUGCUUUUGAAAUAGCUUUGCUAAAUUGUUUCCCAGGACUGUUAAGUUGUAGUGAAUAGAGAGAUGGGUGAACUAGAAGUAAGGAAGCUGAAAGGAGCUGUACGUGUGAAGUGGCAAAAUAGGAAGGGCAGAGGUAGAAACAUGGCUGAGGGCUAAGUGAGAAGAGGUUUUCAGGCAGACUGGUUUCACAUCUUGGAACCUUGGUUUAUGCUUAAAUAUCCAUCCCAAACUUACCAGUGUCAUCUUUUUCUCACCCAAAUUACUGUUCUCCCCUCCAUGUUUCCACAAAAUUAGUUUUAUACAGUUGGCAUAUCUCUAAAGUCCGUGAAAAUGAGGUUCUGUGUUGCUAAGCUUUGUAUUUUGAGGACUUGGCACGUCUACAAUGAGUGUGCAAUAAAUGCUAAGUUGAAACCUUU